GCCGUGCUGCCCUCUCCCGACUGCUAACCAGCGAAGGUCGCGCCGAGGCUGCCGAGCGGAUCCGGAGCUCUUCUUCCCCAAAUAACACCGCCGGCCCCUCACAUCACGUGCCUGGAGAGGAAGGUAAUGGACUUCGUUUUGGUUUCAUCAGUGAUUGCUUCAUGACCACAGUCAUGUCAGAAUCCACCGAGAUGGAGGUACACGGGAAUACGAACGCCGCUGGAUCCCACAAUCCGAGGUCAAGAAAGCUGCGGUCGCUUGUUUGGAAUGAUUUCACCAAGGAGCGGAGGGCCGAUGGGAGUUAUGUCGCCAUCUGCAAUCACUGCAAGAAGCAGUUGACCGCGAGCAGCCGGAGCGGGACCACGCAUUUGAAGAACCAUUUGGGAAUUUGUACUUCUAGCAAGCGGAUGAAGAGAAAGAAGCUGGUCGUGCGGCGUCUGGUCCUCAAGUCGAGCGAUGCGAAGAACGAUGGAGCCCCAGUUCUCGAGCAUCCUCAGUUUGAUCAAGAAUUGAGUCGUCAGGACCUUGCACGAAUGAUCGUUCUGCAUGGCUAUCCUUUCUCCAUUGUGCAUCAUGUCGGGUUUAGAACAUUUGUGAGAAACCUUCAGCCGCAGUUCAAGUUGGCAUCUUAUGACACGGUGAAGGCAGAUUGCAUGAAGAUCUAUGAGAAUGCGAGGCUUCGGCUGCAGGAGGUGCUUGACAAGCUUCUUUGUCGAGUUAGUCUCAUGGUCGAUAUGUGGAGAUCGAGUGAGGGUCUCGAAUAUAUAUGCUUGACCUGCCACUAUGUUGAUGAUGAUUGGAAGCUUAAGAAGAAGAUUCUCAACUUUGUACCUAUUGAAGCUCCAUUGACUGGGGAAGAAAUUAGUGGAACCAUUGUGGGGAAGUUGCAGGAAUGGAAUAUUGAUAAAAAGUUAGCUAGCAUAGUCCUUGAUAAUUGUAGCACCAGCGAUGUGGUGGCAGGAGAGCUGCUCAAAUCUCUCCGGCCAAAAGGUUUCCUUCUUUCGAGUGGUGAUCUAUUUCGUGUGCAUUCCUGCGCACAUAUACUGAAUCUUGUGGUCCAAGAAAGUUUGGAACUGGCAUGUGAGGUCACUAAUAGAGUCCGGAACUGUGUGCAAUAUGUGAAAUCCUCACAAGAAAGAGUUAUAAGAUUUCAGAAGGCAGCAAAGCAAGUGGGAGCCCCUCAGAAGCCAUUAAUUCUGGAUACUCCAACUAGCUGGGUCUCUACUUAUCUAAUGCUUGAAACUGCAUGCCAAUAUCGAGAUGCUUUUUCCCGCUUGGCAGAAUGGGAUACUGAGUUCACAGAGUUUCUGUCCUCCAAGGAGUGGAGUUAUGCUAAAGCUGUUACUGAAUGUUUAGAAGUGCUGUACCAUGUUAUAGAGAAGUUCUCAGCCGCAAGAGUUCCAACUGCCAAUCUUUAUUUUAAUGAUAUUUGUGGUAUUCAUUUGCUCAUGAAAACCUGGUGUACGAGCCCACAUCCUAUUGUUGCAUCAAUGGCUGUGCAAAUGCUUGAAAAAUUUGAACAGUAUUGGGACCUGACUCGAAUAAUUAUGGCGAUUGCUUCUAUUUUAGAUCCUCGAUAUAAGAUGAAGUCUAUUGAGUACUACUUCAAGCUAACUUAUAAUGAUCCAUAUGAAUCCAAGGCAAGGAUUGAUAAUAUUCGUAACAAUUUUAUAAACCUUUACAAUGAAUAUGCAGUUCAAUCAGCUAAUUCUUCAAAAAAUCAAGCGUACCUCUGUUAUUUAGGGAAUACUGGUGGCUGCACUAGUUCUGAGAGUGGAAAUGGGGGAGAAUCUAAAACAUCCUAUCGCAUCACACUAUCUGAUACGCGACGAGGACUUGAUCAGUAUCUUCAAGAGACAUCAUCAAGUCAGCCAUCAAAAUCUGAUAUGGAUAUGUACAUGGAGGAAGCUGUUCAUCCCUCAAAAGAAGGCCUUGAUGACAAUUUUAACAUAUUAGCUUGGUGGAAAUUUAAUGCAGCAAAAUAUCCUGUCCUUUCUAUAAUGGCCCGUGAUAUUUUGGCGAUUCCUUUGUCAAUUGUUCCAUUAGACAGUGAAGCUAGAACACUCAAUCAAUAUCUGAGCUCCAUGGACCCAAUGACUGUACAAGGCAUUAUAUGUGCACAAGAUUGGCUAAAAGAUGAAAUUGAAGUGUCACCAGCAAUUGGGCCAGUGGAUGGCCUUGCACUUGUUUCAACAGCUGCUGGCUUGGAGGGUGAUGAUGAGUGUAUGAUACCAGCCAAUGGGGAUGAAUUUUCUCCACCAUCAAAAUAGGCCGGAGUAUCGGAAGUGUAGUUAAUCAGGUUUCCUAUUUUAAGCAAGAAGUUACUUCCACCAAACUCUUGAACAAGGCUUUGACGAAGUUUUGCAGACUAUUUGCUCAGAAUAUGAUGAUAAUUUUGUCCACAACAGGCUGAUGACGUCUCAUUUUCAGAACAAUAUGUAGUGCCAACUAUCUGGAGUUAUCCUAAUAAAUCAAUUACCAGAUGGUCACAAUACUCUUUUACUUAUUGAGUGUAUCCAAAUUGUUUAUGAAAUUUUAAUGGG